AUGUCGCAGCACACUUUCCGCCAUCGUCCACCAUCGCAGACCACCGCUCUUCGCCGCUUCUUCCCCAUCGCCAGCCGGUCUCUUCUUGCUCCUCCUCUUCUCCCGCUCUGCUCUAGCGACGAGUCUUCACGCUCCGUCUGCUUGUCUGCUCAGCCACCGCUCACCCUGUCGUCCCCCUCCGCAGCCGCCUCGUUCGCUGCCGCGAAAGCUGCUGCGCUCCAGGCCCAGCUCAGCCAGCUCUCGGCUACCCUCUCGCUCCACAAAGACUCCGGCAUCGCGGCCCUGCUCUGCGCUCGCGAACGUCUGCUUUCGUCGCACUUUGCCCAGUCGCUCUCGAAAGAGUACAAGCAAGCCCUCGUCGCGCUCUCCGAGGCUUCUCCUCUCGGCCUCACCUUCACCGUCGUCGCCGUCCUCUCCGGCCUCGCCCUCGGCACUUUCGCAAUGCGUCGCUUCUUCGGUCUCGACGAACCCCAAUCCGGCCGCACAUCCUCCCCGUCCUCCUCCUCUCUCUUCGCCGACGCAAGCAAACCCGACCAUGUCCUCGUCAAACACGGCAAGCAAUUCCUCCGCGUCGACUUCUCAAAACCGGGCGACAUCUCAAAGGGCAUCGCGACCGUAGGCGACGUCCGCGCCACCACCGCCCGCUUCCUCGGCGUACCAAAGAACGACGUGAUCCUCGUCUACUCUGGCAAGAAGCUCCGCGACGACAAAGACACGCUCGCGAGCCAUAAAAUGAUGUCCGGCUCGCGCAUGAUGUGCCUCGUCUCGUCCGUGCAGAACGCACCUCCCGCGGCGCCUGCCCGCCCAAUGCCGCAGAAGCCAAAGAAGCCGACUGAUCCUAUCGAACAAAUAAACCUUGUCAUGGACUCCGCUGCCAAGGAGCUCGUGCCUAUGAUUGACGCCUUUGUAGCUGCUCCGCCGAACGACCAUGGCGACAAACACCGCAUGCUCUCAGAACUCAUUCUGCAACGCCUAUUCGCUCUAGACGAGGUCGACACUCACGAGAACCCAGAGGCCCGGAAGCGGCGGAAAGAAGCCGUCAACAAGUUCCACGAAUACCAAGCACGGGUUGACGAAGCCAAUGUCGGCGAGUAAAAUAGACGUUCUCAGAGUGAUUUAUAUACACAUUUUUCUCUCCAUGCAGUUCGGGAUGAAGGAUAUUGUCAACAAUGUAAAUAUGCUAGAUAGCAACUGAAAGACG